AUGCUACAUGCCAGGUUCCCCGGUGCAAGAAGCACUGCGCCUGCAUAUCAUGCCCUUUGUUCACGAGGCUACGCGGCUGGAUGGGAGACGACCUACGAUAUUGCAGUCAGUGCAUGCAUGGUAAACCCAAAGUUCGGAAAGCGCCCAACAAUCACUGGACCAGGACCAGUGGGCUCUCUUGGGGACGCCGGUGGUGGAAGAGAUGGGGAACCGAUGGAAUUAAUUAUGCGACUUAUCAUGGAAUAG